CGCUGCAGUCUGUUUGUCCCUGAUGGUGGCUCCAUCAUACCGCACGGGAUCCAAACAAGACUGGUUAAAGGAAAUCCUGACCAAGAUUGCAGAAGUGCUAAAACUCCAAGAUAUUCCUGCCAUACAGAUGCAAAUCGUUUUACUGGGAUCUGCUUAUCCCGACCUCAGUGAAAAACAUGUUUCGGCUCUGCUCAAACUCAAGACAAACCUCUCCAAAGCCGACAGGAAAAUUGUCAAAACCACUCUGUCAGACACACUGAAAGAGAGCCGUGCUGAUCCUGGAACCCGGAAGUUUUUCUCCAAAAUUAAAGUGAGAUGAGCCAUACAUUUGCUUCUUAGUGUAUCACUGACUGAGAGUUUGGUUGCACAGCAGCAAUAUUAUUGUGUAUUAUAUUGUGUUACAGUCUAUCUCUGUAAAGACAUACAGAGUGAAUGCCAGGGAAAAACCUUCAGAUGCUACUUAGACUGAAAUCCCGAUUAUACGCAGACUUGGUGAUGGUGAAUGCUUGCUGUAGUUACUGUAUGUUAUUGUAUACAUAAGCUAGAUGUCACAUUUAUGCUGGCAAUUUUGUGCAUUUCAUAGAAACUGUGAAUAAGUAUGCAAGAGUCUGUUUUUACACACUUACAAACAGGUCAGUGCCGUUCUAUUAUAUGUCGUUUUGUUUAAAAACUACAAUGAUAUUAAAGUCUAGUUUUUUCAUAAGUUGUAUUUUAUGUUAUAUUGUAUUAAAGAGAAUUAUACAUGUCUCAUGUACAUAAAUAGAUGUAAGUUGAGUUUUUUUAAUAAAUGUGCAAAAACCAG